GGGCCAGAUCGCUUCGGGAGCGGCGGGGGCGGCCGGGGGUGCACGGCCGAGGGGCGUGAUGGGGGAGGCGGCCGUGGCAGUGGGGCCUUGCCCGCUGCGCGAGGACAGCUUCACGCGCUUCUCCUCGCAGAGCAACGUGUACGGGCUGGCUGGCGGCGCGGGCGGGCGCGGGGAGCUGCUGGCCGCCACCCUUAAAGGCAAGGUGCUGGGCUUCCGCUACCAGGACCUCCGACAGAAAAUCCGGCCGGUGGCCAAGGAGCUGCAGUUCAACUACAUCCCCGUGGACGCCGAGAUUGUCUCCAUCGACACCUUCAACAAGUCGCCCCCAAAGCGGGGCCUAGUUGUGGGGAUCACGUUCAUCAAGGAUUCCGGGGACAAGGGCAGCCCCUUUCUUAACAUUUACUGUGACUACGAGCCUGGCUCUGAGUACAACCUCGACUCCAUUGCCCAGAGCUGCCUGAACCUGGAGCUCCAGUUCACGCCUUUCCAGCUGUGCCAUGCAGAGGUUCAGGUCGGGGAUCAACUGGAGACCGUGUUUCUCCUGAGUGGGAAUGACCCUGCCAUUCAUCUCUACAAGGAGAAUGAGGGGCUGCAUCAGUUUGAGGAACAGCCCGUGGAAAACCUCUUCCCGGAGCUCACGAACCUCACCAGCAGCGUCCUCUGGCUUCACGUCCACAACCUCCCCGGCACAUCCCGGCGACUCUCGGCUCUCGGCUGUCAGAGCGGAUAUGUCCGUGUCGCCCACGUGGACCAGCGGAGUCGAGAGGUUCUGCAGACGUGGACAGUCCUGCAGGAUGGCCCCAUCUCCCGGGUGAUCCUGUUCAGCCUCUCGGCCCCCGAGGAGACCAAGGACAGGCCCCAGCAGGACGAGUACAGCGUGCUCGUGGCCAGCAUGUUGGAGCCAGCAGUGGUGUAUCGGGACCUCCUGAGCCGGGGCCUGGAGGACCAGCUUCUCCUGCCCGGCAGCGACCAGUUUGACAGCAUCCUCUGUGCCCUGGUCACCGAUGUCGAUUUGGACGGGCGGCCGGAAGUCCUGGUGGCCACCUACGGACAGGAGCUGCUCUGUUAUAAGUACUGUGGCCCCGAGUCCGAGCGCGGAUUCCGCCUGCUGUGGCGGCGGAGUUUCUCCAGCCCGCUGCUGGCCAUGGCUCACGUGGACCUGACCGGGGACGGGCUGCGGGAGCUGGCCGUGGUCUCCCUCAAGGGCGUGCACAUCCUGCAGCACAGCCUGAUCCAGGCCUCGGAGCUGGUCCUGACCCGGCUUCGGCACCAGGUGGAGCAGAGGAGACGUCAGCCACAAAGGCUGGGGGACGCGGUGGGUCCAGGGCCUGCGGAGACCCCGGCUCCCUGAGCACCCACCCACCACCCAGCCCCAGCCUGGAGCGGUUCACUGGGGGAGUCACCUCCAGCUGCUCGUGGUCGGGGGAGCAUCCUGAAGGAGGGGUGGUCUCUCCAGAAGCCCCAGGGCUGUGGGGCUGUGAGUUCCUGCUCCAGCUCCGCCCCUGUGUGCCCUGUGACCCCAGCUAACCCAUUCCUCUCUCUGUGCCUCGGUGUCCCCAUUUGAAAAUGGGAUGAUCUCACCCGAUCCCUCUGCCACUCCUGAUGAGAACUGGUCAACUGACCAUUAUUUAUAUGUCCAGAGAAACCAGA